CGUCCGUAAAAAUAAUACUUUCGAGCCCGUUUGCCUGCCCUCAAUAGGCUUUUACCUCCGCGCAUCGCCCACCUACUCAGCAUUUACGACAGCAUAUUUCACUCCAUCGAGGUCUUCAUUCUUUCGCAAUCCACGCGAAAAGUGCUUCCUCUGUUUUUCUCAAGCGAGCAGUUCCGGCAUCAUCUCUCUGACGAGACUUUUUGCAUCAAAUCUACCAAACUUUAGCAAAUUGUCGUGAUCAUUCGUGGUUUUUUGACGACGAUCCGACCAUGCCUUCUCCUUUUACAUCAAGUUUUGCAUCGGCUGCGGCCAUCAACAGUAACGCAGAUGGGAGCUCCACGCGAGCGUCCCUGAGGGGCGAUGGUCCCGGUGGCGGGGACUGGCCCCGAUCUCGUGUCAAUGGAGCUACGCAUACUUUUCGUCGUCCUUCCGUUGCGACUAACGCGUCUUCUUCGUCUCAACGCGAUUCUGCACAGCAUCAAUCAUCUAACACGACUUCAAACCCCGGCAUCUAUGUCCCUCCGCACAUUGCAUCUGGAACCUCCACCAGCGUGAAUCGUACUGGUAAUGUUAGCGACAGUCGGUAUUCAAAGGAACAGCUUUUAGAUCUCUUCAAGGUCCAACGCGACGUUGGCGAUAUUUCCAAAAACUUGUCGAGCCUCUUCAUCGGAGGAUGGGAGCCGGGGGCCUCUGCGGCGGCGACUCAUACUGCUUGGAACAGGCGUGACGAGCGCAACAAGGACUCAACGAUUGGGCCGGAAGUUUGUUGGGACCAAAACGGCAGCGUGGAACCCAUGGGGCUAUCCAACAUGACUGGAGAAGAGAAGGAGCUCUUCUCAACCUCUGUCAACUCGCCUUUGAAACCCCCGCCUCAAAAUGCGAAUAAAGAGAAUAUUCCUGGUACCACCGGUGCAAACCGAAAGACUUCCUUAUCGCAAAAUGCAAUGGGCACUUUCAACGCCGCCUCACCCGGCAACGCUCGUCCGAGCAACCGUCGUCGCGAGACAUCGGACUCCCUCAACCAAUCUACUCCAGGUGGAUCCGGUCGGGCUCUGCGCGAAGAGUCUGGUGCCCCCACCCCACCCCCUUCGCUUUUGAGGAGAAGGACGGAUUUGAAGGACAUUGGUAAUUCGACCGGCUCCGACGAGCGAGACAAAAGUGGCCCUGGACGAGACAACACUGUUGAUUCACCCAAUCCAUUUGGCACACUUAAACGCAGUACCACGGGUCCGUUCAAUGCCGGCCUGAAUGCCCCGGCUUCUCCCUGGUCUUCGGCUGCUUCUCAAAACGCCACGUUUUCUCCCAUGGGAGCCUUUGGAAAUUUUUCUUUAGCCGCCCCAGCUGGUCAGCCGCCUACACCGAGCGAGAAGCGGCCUGGCCUAGGCAGCCUGAGAGGCGAAAGCCGAUUCAAAGGUCUGAUGGGAGGAGAAAGUAGCGAAGACCUGACUUCGCGCGUAAAGGAAAGGGCAGCUGGUUCUGGGUCGGAGAAGCGCAAUGACACUGAAGCUGACUCUGCAUCUCGUCGGUGGGGGGAUGCGAGGUCAGCCAGGCCUUUGAGCAGCGAUACAGACCCCUUCGCGGAGGGCGAAGAGCGAUCUGGAAGUGCUGCUCUCGGGGGCGGUCAGGACGUUAGUCCACCCCCUGAAAGCCGCGUCCCUGACCUCAGCGCGCCGAAUAGACAGAUAUCGUCGGAUGAUUUGGGCUUCGCGCCGUUUAGCAUGUCAUCCGAGCUUCCUAGGAUCCAUGAUCUACUCCGUCAAAGUGGUCGAGAUUUGCCCCAGGAUGGUAGCUCCGGGAGCGAACCGUUAUCUGGACGCGAGCCCAUGAGUCCGACAAACACAAAUCCUUACCAAAGCCCCGAGGUGGAGACAGCUGACGCUGAUGACAUUGACACUGAUGGUUCGGACAUUCAGAACACUCAUCUGCCCGGAUUGAGUGCCUUAGCCAGCGAUCCUACUAUGGGAAUUUUUGGUCCCCAACCUACCAGAGCCGUGUCUGGAUUUGAGGGUCCCGCAAGUGACCGCAGCCAGACGUCGAGUGUCGGACCCAAUCGUGGCUUUCCGUCUCUCGGUGGCCUGGGAGGCCUGGGGGGCCUUGGUAGCACGACUGGUUGGCCAGCUGGUCCCGGUUCAGUGGGCACUCCGAGCCGGGAGAGGGCCGGGUUUACUGGAGCUUUUGGUGAUCCAAUUUUUGGGGGAAUUGGUGAUUUGCAGUCACCCAGUCUUGCCAGUCAUAAUGCCAGUGGCCUAUUCGGGCCGGGCACUCCUUCAGCCAUCGGGAGUGGUGGCUCCGUAGGCCGUGGGAGCAAGUUGGGCUCUCUCUUUCCCGCAUCAAUGCAAGAGCAGAUGCGAGCUGAAAGCGCGCGGCAGGAGGAAGGACCUCUGGAUGGUAGUGAUCGACAACCUGUUGGCACCUUGCCGGGUCGUCCAGGCUUUCCCGGUGGCUCCGGUGCGUUUGGACCGAUAAGCAGAGACACUGGUAGUCCUAUGCGUGCUGGACGAGGAAUCUUUGAUGAUCUUUUGGGCAAUCUUGACCCUAGCCGGGGCGUACGUGAUGCGGAGUCGUCUUUUUCAGCAAACGAUACUCUGCCAGGUUCUUUUGGCCAUGCGCAAUCCGCCGGAUCUAUUCAGCCUCCGCUCCCGGGUGGCUCUAAUUCUGCACUGUUGUCGCAAACGCUUGCUCAAGCGCAAGGAAAUGCCGCGAGAGCUGGGCAAGUCAAGAUUCCUAGCACUGGGAGCGCGGGCUCUCAGAUUCCUGCAACCCAGCAGCGGACAAUGGUUAUGCCAGACAGAAUGCGAUGGAUCUACAAGGAUCCGCAGGGCAACACCCAAGGCCCUUGGUCUGGAUUGGAAAUGCACGAUUGGUAUAAGGCUGGUUUCUUCUCCCCUGAGCUCUUGGUGAAGAAAUACGAGGACCCGGACUACGAGCCUCUUGCUCAGCUCAUACGACGAAUUGGGAACUCUCGUGAACCUUUUCUCGUGCCUCAGAUUGGCAUCCCUCACGGACCCCCUAGCGCCCCUCCCAGUAGCCAAUGGACCGGCGCCGGCCCUCCGCCCGCAACGGGAGUGUCGGGUACUGUUGCAGGGGCUCAGCCGCCUUUUGCCAGCAGUUUCCCAAGCUUUGGUACUACGCUGACAGCCGAGCAGCAGAAUGCUCUUGAAAGGAGAAAGCAAGAGGAGCAGUAUCUCAUGGCACGACAAAAGGAGCAUCUUGCUCAGCAGCAGGUCAUGAUGAAGCAGAUGCACCAGAUUCAGGGCCCAAUACAUCCCCAACAGCUGCACCAUCAUUCAAGUGCCCAUAGCCUUCACAGUCAGCCCAGUUUUGGCAGUAUCACGUCACCGCCCGCCUAUCCUCCGGUCUCUACCCAACCUUCCUUGCAAGCUCCACAAGGAUUUCCUGGCGUUCUCGAGGCAUCGCUGAGACAACAUGUGAAUGCUCCGUAUGGGAGUCCUGGUCCAAUCCCAGACCAGCUUGCCGGUGUCCGUGAUGAUGACCUGCCAGCCCUUUUUGAACGUUUGAAUGCCGGCCGCGGUACACACCCUCCUUUCGGUGUCAUACCUGGUGCUUUUUCCCAGCAGCAACAAGAUGCCAUCCAUGCUCAGCAGGUCGCGGCGAUGCUUAAUGAUAGAGCUCGUUUACAGCGAGAGCAGGCGCAGCAUGAUCUUGCUCAGCAAACGAAUGACGAGCAACGCGGUCAUUCGGACCGUCUGCAGCAGUUCCAUGAGCUGCGGACCCAGCAUGAUGAAGCACAGGCCGCUGCUGGGCCUGAAGCUUCAAGUGGCAAACCAUCCGACUUGGCGGCAUUGGAAGGUCAGGAUGAAAUCUCCCAUCAGUCAGAGCAGGAUCAAUCUUUUGCAGAAAGUCAGGAGGAGCAACACUUGGGGCAACACCAGCAGCAGGAGCCCCGUCAUGCUAGUCCCGCUCCUAGAGACGCAUCUCAGGAAAUCGAGGCCACCAUUAUUGACAGCAUUUCUUCCCCCACUGCGGAGCCAAGAGUGCUUACGCUGACGGAGCAAGUACAAAAGGCGGCCUCUGCAAAGCAGACACCUACGGCGCAGGCUCAGUCUCCAUGGGGCAAAGUCGAUACCGGUAUGCCGUAUCCUUUCCCGCCGCCACAAUCUGUGUCUCCCCUUCCAGCCCCUGCGGCGCAGAGGAGCAGGCAAAAUGUUGCUGAAGCCUUGACGGCAAGCUCCCGAUCUCGAUCUCAGACCCCAGUCGAGACACCCACUUCAAUCGCACCAUGGGCGAAGGAGCCAGCAGAGCUUCCCAAGGGACCGUCUCUGAAAGAAAUUCAGGAAGCUGAGGCUCGCAAAGCGGCCGAGCAAGAGGAGAUUGCCUCGGCUGCACGUCGGGCUCUAGCUCAGCAAGAGCGCAUGAACCAACCGCCGGCCCCAGCCCCAGGCUUGCCCUCAACUUCGACUUGGGCAAGCUCAUCUUCGCCCAGCGCUCCAGCACCUGCUUCCUCGUGGGCGAAGACAACGACGGGAAAGACUGCUCCAGGAGCUGCUAGCACUGGUGCUAAAAAGACAUUGCAGCAAAUUCAAAAGGAAGAGGAGGCUCGUAAGCAGAAGGCGGCAGCGGUUGCCAGCGCCGCCAGUGCGGCAAAUGCGGCUGGGACUCAGUCAAGUGCUGCCGCCGGGAAACGCUACGCGGAUCUUGCCAGCAAAGUCGCUGCGCCCCAGGCCUCUGCUAGCGCUGGCGGAGCUUGGACUACCGUUGGAGCAAACGGUAAAGUCAAGUCUGCUCCUGCCCCUCCAGCUACAGGCUCAACAGGGGGUGUGAAAAUCAGUAGCACUGCCCAAACACCUACUCUCAACACGGCCGUGAGAUCGAAGCUCGUCUCCACCCCUUCUAAGAGCGGUGUCGCUGUUCCCACUACCAGUACUGUCAAUGCCGCUGAAGAAUUCACCAAAUGGGCCAAGGCUGCACUUGCCAAGGGCCUCCAUUCCAAUAUCAAUGUGGACGACUUUGUUCAGCAACUUUUGACAUUCCCCUUGGAGGCAGAAAUCAUUUCUGAAUGCGUCUACGCCAACUCAUCCACCAUGGACGGGAACCGCUUCGCUGAUGAGUAUAUCCGUCGUCGCAAGCUUGCUGAGAAAGGCAUCGUUGAUACAAGCGGAAGUUUUUCGCCCGUGGGCUCUGAUAGCAAAGCGUCUGGAGGCUGGAGCGAAGUGGCAAAGAAGAACCCUGUGAAUGGGAGCAAGGAUGAAUCUACUGCUGCCUUCAAAGUUGUCGCUCCGAAGAAGAAGGGUAGUAAGAGGUAAAGUGGCAGGGUGACAAGGGUGCCGAAGAUGCUCUAGAGAUGCUGUCUACCAUGAAUUUUCUGGUUCGCGAUACAAUGCUUCUUGCCUUCCAGACCUUGUCUGGCUGCACUUAUAGCGAGUUUGCUGAUAAAUCAAGACCGAGGUAUAUGUGCGGAUAUCAAAAGUGCCUAUUACUGUACAAAUCACUGGAAAUAUUCCACUUCACGACAAGUAGACAGCUGGUUGUUGGCGUACUCUGAGCGAGCUUGGCAUUGUAUUUAGUUCUAUAGCCUCAUAAAAGCAAUUGUAUCUAUAACAGAUACUCCAACAC